AUGGCGCAAAGAGCGCAGGAAGCUGAGACGCUUCUGCCACUGGGAGGGCCUGCCGCAGCAGCAGCAGGUGCAGCAGCAGCAGCAGCGGGUGCUGCAGCAGCAGCCUCGCCUGAUGAUGCUGCAGAGAGGAACGAAGCGGAGUCUGAGGUGUACAGACAGCGCAAGGCACUCGACAGCAACUUCAUGAAACACUUUUUGCCCCAACUUGCCGGGCAAGUUGUUGCUGCUGCUCGCACUGAGGGCGUUGCUGUUUCCUUAGCACUCGCGGCUUAUGUGCUGCUGACUCUCCCGCCUGCUGCAGCAGCACCAGCAGCAGAGGCAGCAGCGCCGCCAGCGGACAGCACUAACCAAAAGCCACCAAAAGCAACAGCAAUAGCAGCAGCAGCAGAAGCAGAAAAAUGUAUUAAGCCAUUCCGCUUUUCCCUGACAGCUACACAAGCCCCCUCACACAUGGAAGCAGAAGCAGCAGUUGCCGCUGCUGUUCGGCUGCUUCAGCAGCGAUCUACGGACCCUGUUGCUGCUACAUUAGCGCUGCAAGUUAGCUUUGAAGCAUUGCUGCUCGAUACAGUUGCUGCUGCUGCACUGCAGCAAAUCCAGGAGGCUAGAGGCGUAGAGGAUGCAGCAGCAUUGGUUGUGCAUGCGGACCACAGCCAACUCCGUCGCACCGCUUUCGUCUGCCUGCUGCGGCAGCAGCUGCUGUCAUACUGCGUUGCUGCUCUGCCUAUGGUGGCUGCUGUAGCUAUACCUGAGGAGGCCGCAGCAGCAGCAGCAGCUCGUGCCCCGUUGGAAUCCGCAACACCAGCAGCAGCAGCAGCAGCAGAGAAGGCAGCAGCUGUGCGCCGGCUCGUAGAGCAGGCACUAGAUGCGGCAUUGCCCAUUACCCGCAUUCCUUGUCUCUAUUCUCUUCCUCCAGAUCUCAGGAGGCAGCACCUGGUGGAGCUUCGAUGCAUCGUCAUUGCUUCUUUGCUGCUGCAGCAGCGCCGUGCAGCAGCAGCAGCGGCAGCAGCAGCCGCGGCAGCAAAGGCGUCCGCUGCAGCAGCUUUAGCAACAGCGUCCGCUGCUGCUAAAGCUAGAGCAAAAGCAGCAGCGGAGGCGAAGGCAGAAGCAGCAGCAAAAGCAGCAGCAAUAGUCGAAAGCUUUGAUUGGCUCGAGCCUCCAGACCAAGCUGCCGAUGACUUUGCUGCUGAGCAGCAGCAGCUGCUGCUGCAGCAGGCUGUGAAGGGGCAAGACGCGCUACAGCGAGUUCGAAACAUCUUCAGCGUCGAUGAAAAGCUGACUAAGUUCAUUGCAACGGAAAGUGUAUUUCAUGUGCAGCAAAUUCGCUUUCUACGGGCGCUGUUGGUGCAGCAGCAGCAGCAACAUUCAGCAGCAGCAGCUCAAGCAGCAGUGUGCUUACAGGAACUUGCCUCGGUGGAGAGCUACUUGAAGGAGCACAAAGGGAAGGCCCCUCCAGAAGUGGUUUACAGCCACCUUGCUGCUGCAGGUGCUGCUUAUCUUGGAAUAUACAAGGAGCAGCAAGGGCUGCUGCAGCUUUCCGCGUUGCGACUGCUGCUGCAGAAGCAUGCAGAAGCACUCCAGGCCCCAGACAUCACAAAAGUCGAUGCUGCGGCUCUUAGGCUGCGGCGCAGGGCCCCGCCAGAGAAGCUAGAUGAGCCCCUUCCGUACAAUCCACCCAGCAGCAGCAGCAGCAGCAGCAUGAGAGUUCUGACUGCAGCAGACGCGAAGAUGCAGCAGCCUGCAGAGCUGGGAGGCUAUUGCCUCCAAACCCUGCUGAAGGAGGGGGCGCUUGUAUCCGGCGACAUUCAUGCAGGUGGGAUUGAGCUCAAUGGGGAGAUCUACCUCUUCAGCAGUCGACGCCGCCUCCGCGAGUUCCUUGAGCAGCAGCGGCAGCUGCAGCAGCAACAGCCGCAAGUCCAGCAGCAUGAGCUGUUGUUGCAGCAGCUUACUGACGUAAUCCGGCAUAAUCCAGCCCUCAUAUUUGCAUUGGGAUUGGAGAAACGCUUCCCAGAACCCAAUUUGAAGGCACUUCUGGCGUGGGCGUAUCACAAAGAGCUGCAGGAGCUGCAAGCGCGGCUGCAACAGCGACAGACACAGGAGGGGCAGCAGCAGGAGCAGCAGCAGCAGGAGCAGCAACUGUGGGAGGCUGACUGGGAGUAUAGGCCUGAGCUGUAUGUGCGGAUAAGCGAGGGCAAGGCAGCAGAUGCAGCAGUAGACACCGCCGACUUGCUGCAGCUGACUGCAGAGCUUCGCAGCAGCAAGAGCAGCAGCAGCAGCUACAGCUACAGCGAGUGGGAGCUGCGGCGCCGCGUGCUGCAGCAAGUGCGACUCUGUGCAUGCGCCUCCAGAAGCAUGCAAACGCUGCUGUCUACUUUCAAAAGAGAUGCUGAGAGCCAAACUAUAGAGAAAAAAGAAACUGCAACAAACACAGCUGUUGCUGUAGCAACUGGGGGGCCCCACAGCAGCCGCAGCUUCGUGGGUCUUCGGGGUGCUGACGCUACGGCGAAUAAGCCCCUAAGGGAAGUUGUGCUCCGAGUUACCUUCUGA